AUGACUACAGUUGGCUCGCUCGUAUCCCCCAUCGAUUUCUUUCCUUCUUCGCUAAACAACAGCUAUUCCAUCGAGUUUCUCCCUCGACCUGUUCUAGACCAUCGCAUUGAUCCGCCAUCCUCUCGUUAUCCGAUCCAAUUGGAAAAGCUCACAAGUUUCAACUCCUGAAUGAAUCAUGGUGACAUCUGAAGAAAUAACUACGUACUCAGCACUCUCUAAGCUAGACACAGCAAAUCAUGAUGAUAGAGAGCGAGCUGAUUUCUUGGUUGACCACCACAGCGGUUCAUUAUCAAGCCCAAGAGGGUCUAGACAAGAUUAUCUAUGUCAACCAUCAUCAAAGCCUGACUUUCCUGACAACAAUUCAACUCAGGAACCUUGUUUUAUAAGUCAAAAUGGUGCCAAUCAUAAAGGAAACUUGAAGAAUGUUUUGAGUGGGUUAUCUGCAAUGGUUACGAGUCGGAACCUUGUUGAUGGUGCUAUUCAAUCACAGCUAAAUUCCAGCUUAGAUAUAUCAUUUUUGAGUUCUGAACUGAAUGGAGAUAGUUUUUUGUGUCCAUCAGUUUGUAUGCCAAGUGCACCACCUCUACUUGGGGUAGAAUCUGUUAACUAUAGUGCAUAUAAAGAUAUACUUGCAGCAGAGCCUCCUGAGUGGCUUCCAGAUAGUUAUUCUAAAGUCUGCAUGCAAUGCAAUUCCCCUUUCACGGCAAUUACUCGUGGAAGGCAUCACUGUCGAUUUUGUGGUGGUAUCUUCUGCAGAGACUGUACAAAAGGAAGAUGCUUGUUACCAGUCAAAUUCCAGGAGCGAAAUCCUCAGAGAGUCUGUGAUACUUGCUAUGACAAGCUUGAUUCUUUACAGAGCAUAUUGAUUAACUCAAAUAGCAAUGCUGUGCAGUCAGCUAAACAUGAUGUUACUGACUGGACAUGCAUGAGAGGGUGGUUAAAUUUGCCUGUGGGCCUCUCCAUGGAAUAUGAAAUAUACAAGGCCACAAAUACUUUGAGAAGUUAUUGCCAGGUUGCUAGAUUAAAUCCUGAGAAAUCUAUUCCAUGGUCUGUCCUUAGAGGAGCAAAAGGGCUUGCCAUACUAACAGUAGUUAAAGUUGGUGCGCUUCUUACUUACAAGGUUGGUUCUGGUCUUGUAGUUUCACGAAGGGUCGAUGGAUCAUGGUCUGCACCAUCUGCCAUUCUAUCUGUUGGUUUAGGAUGGGGAGCUCAGAUUGGAGGCGAACUGAUGGAUUUCAUCAUUGUGCUGCAUGGCUCUAAAGUUGUCAAGGCAUUUAGCAGCCAUAUGCAUAUUUCAUUUGGUGCGGGUAUCAGUGCUGCUGCAGGACCAGUUGGCAGAGUGUUUGAAGCAGAUCUCCGAGCUGGUGCUAAAGGGUCUGGCAUUUGUUAUACAUACAGCUGUAGCAAAGGUGCUUUUGUUGGGGUCUCGAUGGAAGGGAAUGUCGUAGCAACCAGAAUGGACGCCAACUUGCGCUUCUAUGGUGAUCCUUACUUGACCACUGGUGACAUUCUUUUUGGGACAGUGGAGAGGCCAAAAGCUGCUGCGCCAUUGUACUUGGCACUGGAUGAGCUAUACUCGAAGGUUUCAUAGUUAGCUUUUCGUUGGGGGAUCUCAUAUGUGUGUACAUGAUGUAUAGUUCCCUCUACCACUAGCUUUAUAUGGUCUCUCACCUUUUAUCAUCUUAUUGGAGGAUAAGAGAGCAUGAAAACCAUUGCUUGCUCUCGGUAGUUUACAGAUUAAAAUUGUGCAUAUUGGUCGCUUGACACACAUUAUAUACAAUGAGAGGUAGUGAAUAAAGAGAAUAAUGGUUUAACCGA